GCCUGAAAAUGUAUAAUGCAGGUAAAAUACCGCAGUGCGAUGCACGCUUAUAUGUACGCGCGUUUUAUAUGUGACAGAAUCGCCCGCUUAAUUCAAUUAUUUGCUAAUUAGCUAACGUUUUAGGCUAAGUUUUCCCAGUUUAGUUUCAUGUGAUUUCUUAGGUAACUAAACUGUUUGGGUCCAAGAUAACGUUAUGAUAACGUGGUUGUUUAAGUAGGUUAAUGAAAUAUAUGCACUAUGGCUGUGCAGAAUAAGGUUUUGUAUGCAUUUCGUGGCUGGAUAGCGUUCGUUGCCUUCAUGGAUUUGGGCACUGCCGGACGUUCGUAUAUAGAGAGGAGAUCGUUUCUUACCAAUAGCGACAAUGAGCAUUUAGAUGGUGAUUUUACAACAUCCAGGAUGCUUGGAAUGUAUUCGCUGCUCAAAGCUUUGGCUUUAAUUCACUGCACACUGUAUAUACAUUAUAGACCUGUUGUUUCGAUGGGCUACUGGUCACUCAUGUUAACGAUAAUACUAUAUUUCACGGAGGCCUUCUAUUACCAUUCAACGAAUCUCAAUUUUUACGUUGUGUUCCCAUGCGUAUUAAAUAUUAUAACUCUACUUGGAUUAAUAUAUCUACCCUCAAAGCUGAAGCUCUGGGGCACUAUACCCGGUACUUCCGGAAUGGACCGCGAGGUUGAAGAUGAGAACAUGCACAUUCUACGACAAAUGGGGAACUACAGGCGGCGGAAAACUGGCAAUACCAUCAAGAACAAGCAUGUUUGACUGUGCUGCCAGUUGUAAGUAUAAUUUCCACACGGGGAGAUACAUUUUUUUUUUAAAUUUUUAAGUCUCACCUUUAUUACUCAAAUAACAUUAAUCUCUGUAAUUAUCACUGGUAAUACUGCCGUCUUUUUUUCUCAAAUUGAUUGUCGCCAUUUUGGCGCUGGAUGUUGUGAAAAUGUAACACGAGUGUCCACUGAACUAAAGUUUGAAUGACGAAAAACAUUUAACUGGCUGCGCUCAUGUGUUAUCCGCGAUGAAUAAUUGUUUGGUUUCAUCGAAGUUAGAACGUGAAGGAAUGACGAUGUUAUAUGUAAAAAUAAGAUUGUUCCUGUAAACCGAACUUGGGAAUUUUAUGUUUUUUUCCGGAGCCAAAACUAGCUUAUGACACUCUCCGUCCUUUCAACUAACUCGUUGCCAAAAAUCAAGUCAAUAGUUGGCUUAGUUAGGACGCGAAGCAAGAACAAACAAACAAACACUUUCGUAUUUUAGUAUGAAUUAGUUCCGGAGGCACUCGUCUUUCACAAUUGGCGCUUUAAACGGGGAUAAAGUUUAAGUUGUCAUUUUUAUAGGGGCAGCCAGUCCGGCGUUAACUUUAGUGUUAAAUGCUAAAAGAUAAUGGAACCAAUUUUACUCACACUCAUUUUCCCUGUGUGGAAAUUAGAUUGGAUAAGUUAGGCAAAUUUACUGUUUUAACUCUAAACCGUUUUUUUUUGGUUAUUUUAUAAGGUUUUGUUUUGUUGGUGAAACAAUUAGUUAAGUUUUGAAAUGUUACACUUUAUCUCUCGUGAAGUUCACUGUGUACUCACUGUAAUCUGAACAGACUUCACUGUGUACGUAUUGAACUGUUACACACUCCACUUUGUAAACAAGUCACUGUGUAGAAACCUGACUGUGUACACACUGCAAUGUGAACAGACUUCACUGUACACAAAUUUAACUGUUGCACACUUCACUGUGUAGACACCCCACUGUGUACACACUGCAAUGUGAACAGACUUCACUGUGUACAGAUUUAAAUGUUACACACUUCACUGUGUACAAAAUUUACUGUGUAAACACUUCACUUAGUACAAAUUGUUAGGCAUUUAUGUAUAUGUGUGGUCAUCCAGAAUUCCGUUCUGUUUUGAAUCUUAUACUUUUUUGGUACUCUUUAAAAUGUGUUUCUAACGUUAAUUUGAUUUUUAGUAUUAUAAUUGAGAUUGUAGAAUAGAGAUCCUAAGUUUAAUUUAUUUCUAUCUCGCUCAUACGGAAGUUUUUUAUACCAGUAGAGCUUUUGAAAAGUACUACCGUCAUGCUUAUUUUUGCCGUCAAGCGGCAUUUUUGUGUUCCGGUCUGAGAGCCGGUGUAAUUUUACAAGGCGUAAAAGGUUGACGGCAACAGGACGGCACUUUGUAUGCCGUGCGAAGUCGCAUGCCCUGCGAAGUUUUGCUCGGUUCAUAGUCGACGGUUUUCCACAUAACGUCAUGUGAACUAUCUGCUUAAUCCGUCAAUCAUUAACUACUAGUGAGAUGUAAAAACAUGAGACGUUCUUCAAGCAGUGCGAGUGAGAUGGAUAUAUGAUGCGUGAAUCAAAUAUUUUUUUUCUAUUUCAUAUAAGUAAUAUAUAGAAGAAUUCCUAUUGAAUAAUGAAAAAUUCACUGAUGCCUUCGCUAGCUUACACUUUGGGAAAGUUUGUAUGAAUCAAUGGCAUAAAGUUAAAG